GUGGCUUGCUGCAGUUUAUCUCUAGUGACAAAGGUUUCUUCAGCGCUGGAGGGGCAGUUGACUCUGUGCCUGAGAGCAUAAUACGGAGCAAUGUGGGUGUUGACUUUUGAUCACUUUCACUCUCAGGUUUAUGACAGGUGGGACAUCAAAGGGAAAUUGGUUGCUUAUGCCUCUAUCACAGUGGCCUGGAGUUACCCCAGCUCUAUGGCUACUUCAGCGAACAAUGGAUUUCCACCUUUCGACAACUCUCUGGUGGAGAACAGGGACCAGGAGCCUCCAACCAUUCAGGAGUUUUACUCUAAUGAUGCAACAGAGGAUUCCGCAGCCGUUGCCGCGAGUGUGCACCCUGACACGGAGCUGAUCGCCCAGGCG